AUGGCAGACGCGAAUCGCAAUGUGGUCCCUGGGACCAUCCACCUCGUCGACACCGAGGCGGCCGAACACUCGGGCAAGAAGGACAUCGUGCUCAACCCACGCCCCAGCUCAGACCCGGAAGACCCGUUGAACUGGACCAAGAAAAGGAAGCUGUGGGCCAUCACCAUGGCGUACAUCUACAUCCUGGGUAUCGGCAUGUCAACCACGGUGCAGUAUUCCAUCUUGACCAAUAUCGGCGAGGCGACCGGCAUCUCCAUCGCGGAUAUCAAUACCGGGACUGGCUUGCAAUUCCUGUUCGCAGGCUGGGGAUGCCUUUUCUGGCAGCCGGUGGCACUCACGUACGGACGACGAGGCGUCUACAUCCUGAGCAGUCUGUUGGCCAUCGGCCCAAUGAUCUGGACGGUCUACACGACCUCCACGAGCAUAUGGUGGGCUCACCGUAGCCUGUUGGGCCUCAUCGUCGCGCCGGUGGAGUCGCUGGGCGAGAUCUCCGUUUCUGACUUGUUCUUCGCCCACGAACGCGGCAAUUACAUGGGCAUCUACACGCUGCUGGUGUUCGGCUCCAAUGCCCUGGCGCCCUUUCUGGCUGGCUUCGUCACCUACUCCAUGGGCUGGGAGGCCGCCAUCUGGUUCGGCACCAUCAUCCUCGGCGUAUGCACCGUGAUCAUCUACUUCGGCAUGGAAGAGACCAUGUACUUCCGCCACACCAUCGAAGGCAUCGACGAGGGGGCCGCCGAGGUGACCUCCUCUCCUGGCGUGGAAACGACCUUGGGCGAAAAGACCGACGCCGUCUCCAAGAGCGCACCGCUCCAGGAGGAGCCCGUCUCCCCGAUCGCCGAGUCCAUGCACCGCGUCGUCCCCCGCCAACGCACCUACUGGCAGAAGCUGCAGCUGUUCCGUCUCGACAGGGACCGGCCGUCGGUCAAGCAGAUGUUCAUCAUGAUGGUCCGGCCGCUGUGGAUGUUCUUCUACUUCCCCAACGUCGACUGGGCGGGAUUCCUCUACGGAGCGUCGCUGUGCUGGUACAACGUGCAGAACGCCACCAUGGCCCUGAUCCUGAACGCCGCGCCGUACAACUUCUCCGCCCGCGCUGUGGGCAUUUCCUACCUGUCGUUGCUCAUCGGGUGCUGCGUGGCCUGGUGGUGGGCGGGCUGGGCGGGUGACGAGAUCGCCAUCCGCGUCGCCCGGCGGAACAGGGGCAUCCGCGAGCCAGAGCACCGUCUGUGGCUGCUGACCUUUUCUGGGACUCUCGCGGCCGCCGGAAUCAUCCUCUGGGGCGUGGGCGCGGCACAUCAGAUUCACUUCAUGGGCCUGAUCAUCGGGCUGGGUAUGACGAGUUUUGGCAUUGUGAGUGGCGGGAGCACGUCCCUGGCAUACGACGUCGACUGCUUCAAGGAGAUUGCCGGCGAGACUGUCGUGCUGGUCAUCGUCAUUCGCAACACGAUGGGCUUCGGGAUGAACUACGGAAUUACACCGUGGCUGGAGAACACGGGCACGCAGAACUGCUUUGUGGCCGUGGCCUUCCUGUGUCUGUUUUGCAACUUCAGCUUCCUGUUCAUGACGGUCUGGGGCAAGAAGCUGAGGCGUCUGUCCGCGAAGAAGUACUGGGAAUACGUCGACACCUUGAUCGUCACGGCGCAUUAG